AUAUACGUGUUAAGCUUACCUAUUUCACAAGAUAAUAGAUUGUUUGCCAUGUCCACUUCUGCAAGUGAUGAUCCACUUUUCGUUAAAAUAGGACCAGCGACAUUAAUUGCAGAGAUUAAGGAUUCAACAAAGCAGAUAAACGUCUAUAAAAGAUAUUUUAUCCUAUUCCCAUAUGAAUUCUGGUCCUUACAAAAUUUCGUGACAUAUGCUAUUUGUAAUGAUAUUUAUGUUGAUAAGAUGGAAGCACACCGGAAAUUUUAUAAAUAUUUGGACGAAGUCAUUAAUGAUGUGGAGGUUUCGCAACAAUUUGAUAUAGCGAAAACACGAAGCGCAUUAAGUGACAUAACAAAUAGUAAAUCAGUUGUAUUAUCGAGAAAAAAAAAGAAUACGCAUAGAUCUGCCGACACAUCCAAUUCUUCAAAAAAGAGGAAAAAGAUCAGUAGCAUGGCUACUGUCGCUGAUAUAGAAUUGAAAUAUGACCCCCAAGAGAAUAUCGAAAAUCAGAUACCAGAGG